GCUUCAUUCAACACACAACAACAACAGCAACACCAUCCACACGAUUCGUCAUUUCUUGGCUGGGGCCUUGGCAGGUUCCGCUGGCUGUGUUUUGCGUUGAUAGGGCGUCUUGCCGGUCAUCUGGAUGUACGCCGUGGCGUAGUUGACAAUGUCGCACUGGUGCAGCGGAUGACGCCACUUGGCCGCGCGGUGCCGCUGCUCUGCCUGAACCAACACACCACACCACACCGCCAACAAACGCCUGAUGAUGCACCCACCCGUCUCUGCCUGCAUCCUUUCGGUCUCUGUGGCGUGCCGGUGUGUCUCUCAGCGUCUGUCUGUGUGUGUGUGUCCCCUCCCCCCCUCCCUCCCUCCCUCCCUGACCCUGACCGUCUGUUUGUCGAGCCACCAUCCGUACUCUUGGCUGGACACCAGUGGCUCGGUGUACUUGUCCUUGGGGCUCAGAUACCUGGCCUUCAACGUACGCGUCAGCUCCCCGUCAUCCUCCACACACCGGGUCCCGCCAGACGCACUCAAUGACACGGGGGGUGGGGGGCUGUCGUGGCCCUCCCCUGCUGCCGCGAGGUUGAGGGCCUUGACUGUGGACAUUUGUGAGGCGGGCAGGGAGGCCGGGGGGGAGUGGUGCGGCCUGGAGUUGACCUUGUCGGCCACGAACGCCACUGCAAACAACACACACAACCUUUGUCAUAAGAAGGAUUCCGUCGUGGUUCUUCGCACGUUUCCGUGGGUUCAGCUGGAAUCUUGGGCUAGACAUAGCGACAGAGGGAGGAAGGGAGGGAAGGGGAAAG